AUGACGAGCGCGCACGAGGACGAACAACAACCCCCGCAAACCGCCAACGACGCGUUGGUGUACGUGCGAACGGUAAAACUGCGCUUUAACGGCGACCAAGGCCACGUGUACGAGGCUUUUUUGGACGUCAUGAGAGACUUUAAGAGCGGCAGAUACGACACCACGGACGUGGUGAAACGAGUGAAGAAGUUACUCAAAGGCCACGAGGACUUGUUGGACGGGUUUAACUGUUUUUUACCAGAUAUCAAAAAAGAAAAAUCGGACUUCAAACGAGAGGACUCGGCGAAAACGCAGCAACAAAACAAACAGCAACAUAAUAGCGAAAUCAAAAAAGAGGAAACGAACCCGAACCAACCGACGAUAAACGGAGGAUACAACCUUUUGAAGCGAAUACGAGAGAUUUAUAGCAAAGACGAGAGACCGUAUAAAGCAUUAUUGACGAUGUUGAUUAAGUUUCGGAACCAAGAGACGACGACGGACGAGGUGGUGAAGAAUAUAGGAGCUUUGUUUUUUGACCAUCCAGAGUUGUUUACGGGGCCGGAUUCGUUGGAGUUUUUUAUUUCAAAGAACACGACGAAGCCGAAAAAGUGUCAGUGGUUCGAUUGGGCGCCGAGUAAGCACUUUGCGUACCAAUCGCCGGCGUUUAGAUUGAUCGUGCAGACUUUUUUGUUGUGCGAAAUGAGGCACAGGAGGAAGCCGCCAGAUUUAAGACAGAUUCGAUUAGAUGGACAUCAAAUGGAUUCCUCGGACGAGGAUUACGAUUCAGACGAAGAAGAGAGUUCUGACACGGAGGAGGAUGAGAAGAAGGAGAAGGAGAGUGGGACGUUACGGGACGAUCAGAUUCCCGAACGAUGGGACGAGGAGAAGAGCGGGCCGAGGAUUUUGAGUCGAUUUGAAAAGUUGACGUUAGAGCAGAAACCGCAAGACGAGGAGUAUUGUUGGUUAGAUACGAAAGCAGUGCGAGAGAAGAAAGCGAAGGAGGCGGAGAUGAGGAAAGAGAACAAACGAGGUCGUGAAGCCGAGCGCCUUUCCCGAGAGGCUGGUUUACCGGAAGAUUCAGAUCGAGAACUCUCGCCGCCGCCGCCGGAAGGCAAAGCGAGAAAGUCCAAACGCAUCGUCGAGAAAAUCCAAAAAGGCAUCAUCUACGACAAAUACAAACACUUGCACUCGCCAAUCAUGUCCCCGGGAAGACGACGAAACAACGGACGCAUGUCCUUAUUAGGUGGAGGUGGUGGUAUUCACGGGUGUUCGGUACCAAACGACAUCGUCCCGAAGAAGAACGUCAAGUUAAACUUGAGCAGAGAUUUAGAGACGCAAACGAAAGAGCAAAAAGAACGACCUGGGUUACACUCUUUACCGUUAAGCUGCGUGGAGUUGAUUUUAAAGCACUACGCGAAAAUCGAAGGCACGGAGGAGCUGACGGCGAUACGGAACAAGCUGAUUAAGAAUCUCGAAAAGAACAAGUAG